CGGCUGACGCAUGACGUCAUUUCCGGUUCUGCCAUUUUGCGGUUGCGGAUCAGUCUUGAGCUGCUGGUGCGUUUCUUACCGAAUACCGUUAAUUUAGUCUAACAUUACAGCCCAAUUCAACCGGAAAAAUGUCAGAUUUUGACAGCAACCCCUUCGCGGACCCGGACUUCAGCAACCCGUUUCAGGAUCCAUCGGUGACACAAGUAACGCGGACUGCCCCACCUGGCUUGGAGGAGUAUAACCCUUUCACAGACUCAAAGCCGGUCCCGCCAGGCUCCGCCCCUAAAUCAGUCCCGCCCACAGCCAACACACAGCCGGCCAUCAUGAAACCUACUGAAGAACCGCCAGCUUACACUCAACCUCAGCAGACACAGGAUCAGGCACGAGCCCAGGCGGAGUUAUUGAGGAGACAGGAGGAGCUGGAAAGAAAAGCCGCCGAGCUAGACCGCAGGGAGAGAGAGAUGCAGUCUCUCAGCGCAUCAGGAGGCAGGAAAAACAACUGGCCGCCUCUUCCAGAGAAGUUUCCGGUGGGUCCGUGUUUCUAUCAUGACAUAUCGGUGGACAUACCUGUGGAGUUCCAGAAAACCGUCAAGAUCAUGUACUAUCUCUGGAUGUUCCACACGGGGACGCUGUUUGCAAAUAUAUUCGGCUGUUUGUCGUGGUUCUGUGUGGAUGCGUCGAGGGGAGUGGAUUUUGGGCUGGCUAUGCUCUGGUUCAUGCUGUUUACACCCUGUUCAUUUGUCUGCUGGUACAGACCCCUGUAUGGGGCAUUCAGGAGUGACAGCUCUUUUAGGUUCUUUGUGUUCUUCUUCGUCUAUAUCUGUCAGUUUGGUGUCCAUGUACUACAAGCCAUUGGCAUUACAGGCUGGGGAGCCAGUGGCUGGAUCUCUGCGCUGACCGGGCUGAACACGAGUAUUCCCGUCGGCAUCAUCAUGAUCCUGAUCGCUGCCCUCUUCACCGCGUCGGCUGUCAUGUCUCUCAUCAUGUUUAAAAAGGUCCAUGCGCUGUACCGAACCACUGGCGCCAGUUUCGAGAAGGCGCAGCAGGAGUUCGCCACCGGCGUCAUGGCCAACAAGACGGUGCAGACCGCCGCCGCUAACGCCGCCUCCACUGCUGCCCGGGGAGCCUUCAAAGAGCAGAUCUGAUUGGUUCAGAGAACUUCAAGUCCAUCCAUGCUACUCUGACCCCGCCCUCCUCAUUCCUCCUAAUGUCCUUACAGCCAUUCGUCAGCGCUGACUGGCUGUUCAAGACCACACCCACUCUCAUUGACUUAAUGCACUCCUGUGACUGACUGAGACCCCGCCCACAGCCCCUCCCCUCCUGUCAAUCGGCAGGUGUGCUGACCUGUUCUUUAGUUGGAGUGUGUGUGUGGAGCGCCUGUGUGUGUUAAACAGCCUAAAGAGUCACUUUAUAUGUUCACAUCACUGUUGGGUGUUUGUCCUUGUUAAACAACAGGAAGUGAUGUCAUCAAAUGUCCUUUUAUGGGAUCCAAGGAAAAAAGAAUGGUUAUGCCCUCACAGGUCUGUCUUACCGAUCAUCUCCGCUUAAACAAACACUCGUAAGAUGAGCGAUCUCACACAGUUACGCAAGUCCAGGUCACGUUUAAUCUCAAAUUCAAAAGAAAGUAAGAAAAUUAACUCCAUUUUGGUGACAAUUAAGCAUUUAAAUCCAUUUCUUCGCAUUACCGAAAUUGCUUUUCUUUAGAUUCUGGGGUAUAAUAUGACCUUUUCUUAGCGAGAUUCACCCAACUAUCCUGCAAAUGAGCCAUCAGUACAUGAAGACGCCCAUCAGAUGUGACCGUAAACGCUCCACACGCAACUCAGAGGGUCUCUUCACCUGUAAAUAUAUAAAUAUAUAUAUACAAACCUGUAUGAUGACAUAAGUAUUGACUGAUUUUAAACAUAUGAAUGAUUCUGAGGCUUUCUGGUUUCUUUUGUCUCUCUAAUAGAGUUGUUUUGGAAUGGAAACUAAUUCUUAAAAGCGUGAACCACUCAGGAUACGUUCCUGCACAUGCAUGGGAAGCUUGCCGGGCCGUGGAUCAUCAUCUCUCCCAGUCUAAACUGGAAAACACUUUUAAAAUCACAGUUAAAAUCUUUGCUUCACGCCCCCAAACCGCAUAUCGCUAACGACAUGUCGCAUUUAUCCUGCGGAUGUGUGUAAGACUGUGCCGUGCUGGGCCGUCCUGAGGUUGGAUCCUUAAUCGUGUUCUGAAUCAUUGUCUGUGUAGUUUAUUUUCCUCUUUUUUUUUUUUUUUUAUUGACUGGAGCAGAGAACCUUGUAGCCUUGGUUACUGUCGCCAAGAGACAGCCAAGUUAUGGGAUAUGUAUCAAGAUGCAAAUUGAUCUUGAUCUUAACCUUUCAGCAACACUCCGUGUGUGUGUGUGUGAGAACAAACUGUGUGUUCAUCACCUGUUUUCAGUAUUGAGUUUGCAUUAGCUUUGGUUUGAAGUCCGACACAUUUUGCUUUAAAGGAAUAGUCCAACAAAAAUGAUUCUUAGAUGAACUGUUCCUUUUAUUUCAAUAUGUUCCUUAUUAGUGUUGUCAAAAGUAUCGACUUUGUAUCUGAAAUGUUAAAAAUGUGACGGUUUGAGCGCUGUUGAGUGGAUUCGUAAACACCUCUGAUUGGCCAUUGUGUUCACGCGCUCAUCUGAUAUGUCUGUGAUUGGCUCCAAUGAUCAACGCUUCACAAACAUGUUGUAAAUAGACAUCAAUGAGCGCUUGGACCGAUAUACACGGCAGCAUUUGAAAGCAGGCGUCUAUCAACGGACCGUUACUGCUUUCAAACGCUCCCGCUUUCUAAACGCUUUCAAAUUCAAAUGAUCUCGUGCGUUGAUCAUUGUAGCCAAUCACAGACAUACUUGAUGAGCGCGUGAACAUAAAGGCCAAUCAGAGGUGUUUAAGAAUCAGCUCUACAACAGCGCUCAAACGGUCACAUUUUUUAAAAUUUCAGGAUCGACUUGGUAUCGCGAUCGGUACUUUUGACAACACUAUUCCUUAUGUUGUUUAAAAUUUUAUUGAGUGUCAUGUUUUUUUUCAUUCAUGUAUGGUUCUCUGAGUGUGUGUGAGUUACAGCAAGUCGUUCUUCCUUUUAUAAAUAAAUUUCAACAAAUGGCACCUGAAUGUUCCUCUAUUUUUGUUUGUUUUUGAAAUGCUUUCAUUUAAAACCGGAAAAAAAAAACACAAGAAUCUGUUGGGAGUGCGAGACGACAGAUACUGACGUGACCUCUUGUGUGUGAUGCAAUGGAUCGUGGCUUUAAGCUGUCUUUUUUAAAUUAGUGAUGUUAGCUAACUUAGUUGAAACACUGAUACGUGAGAAAUGAAUUGAAGAAAACCCAUCACUGGUUGUACUACUACUACUCUGACAUUAUUUAAAACAGACUCGAGGGAUGUUUGUAUAUUUUGUAUAACUAAAGGAACGGUGGCCUGUCGUCCUGAAUUUCAUUGUACUGUACAAAUGCACUCCUGUCUCGCUCCUUUAGUCGCAUGUUGAGUAGUUUGAGUUUUGUAUAUUUAUUGUAUUAACACAAAAAUAAAAUAAAAAAACUACAUAACC